UUUGGCGGUUCAUCGCGGACGGAAUCAUGAUGAAAGUAGCUGUUAUCGGGGCGGGUGUGAACGGUGUGGCGAGUGCACUCAAAAUCUUGGAGUAUUAUCAGGAGGAAAAUAAACUGAAUGUGCAGGUUAGCAUAAUAUCGGAAGAAUUUACGCCCAAUACGACGGGCGAUGGCUCGGCAGGACUUUGGGGGCCCUUCCUGUUGAGUGGCACAGAGAAGUCCAAGAUCUACCAAUGGUCCAAGAGCAUGCACAACUUUCUGGAGAAGAUAUGGCUAAGUGAGGAUGCGGGCGAAGCGGGUGUUUGCCUGCUGCCCUGCGUCCGUCUGAGCACGGAUCCCAACGUCAGCGUCGAGGAUUUCUGGCGCGACAUUGUCUACGGCGCAGUGGAUCUGUCGCCCGAUCAACUAGCUGUUUAUAAUAAGAACAGAGACGUCAAAUUUACUUCGGGCCUCUCCUUUGUUACGUACACCUCGGAGCCGCUCAAGCUGCUGCCCUACCUGACGAAACGCUUUGUGCGCAAGGGUGGACGAGUUGAGCAGCAGAAGGUCACAGAUCUGGAGAGUUUUGUCAGAGAUUCGCCAUACGACGUGAUUGUCAACUGCACAGGCCUCGGCUCCAGGCAGCUGCUGAACGAUGACAAUAUGUACGCCGUGCGUGGUCAAGUGAGCCGCAUCAAGGCCAACUGGGUGUUCGCCGCCAUCCUGGACGAAAGCGACGAUGGCAACUACAUCAUACCCAACACUGAGUCCGUGGUGCUUGGCGGUACUCACCAGGAAAAGGACUACAACACCAAGGUCUCCGAUGUGGAUAAGCGAUUCAUUAUCGACGGUUGUCGCCGCCUGAUGCCAGGCUUAGUCCACACGCAGCACCUGUUCGACUGGGUUGGCCUGCGUCCGGGUCGAGUCCAGGUGCGCCUCGAAUCGGAGAGGCGUGGCCGGAAGCUGCUCAUACACAACUACGGACAUGGUGGCAGCGGCGUCACCUUGUGCGAGGGCUGUGCCGAAGAUGUCCUCAGCCUGUUGCUGGCUGCCAAACUGAACUCCAAGUUGUAGCGAUCCCAGCUGCAGAUAGGUUAGUGUAUUAUCAGCAGAAAUCAAGUGCCUGUUGCUAAUACUAUUUGCCUGAGCAUGCAUUACACACACACAAAUCUUUCCAUAUAUAAACAAUAAACAAUGCUUAUCAUGUUUGCCUUAUCGCAGCUGCGUUUGACGCUGCUUUCAUGCCAAUCGAACUGGUUCCUAGACGAACUAAGCGCGAAAGAAAUGCAGCCCUUAAAUUUGAAUUUAAAAUUAAUAAUUACAAUAAUUAUAUUGCAAACACGUUCUGCACAUUGCCCAGAAUAAAAUAUCAGGCUAAACUUA